AUAUAAUUUUUCUUAAGUGUACUAUUUUCUUCCUUCUUUUAUCUGAGGUAUCUCUUCUUCCUCUUCUCAAUCACCAGAUCUUAGCAGUUUUUGGAAAAGAAAUAUGGAAUUUGUGAACAGCUCUACACCAAGAUAUGAAUGCCUCCUCUUUGAUUUGGAUGAUACUCUUUAUCCAUUAAGCUCUGGUUUAUCAGAAGCAUGCGCUAACAACAUCAUAGAAUUCAUGGUUGAGAAGCUUGGAAUAGAUGAAGAUGGAGUCGUUGAGCUAAACCAAAUUCUCUACAAGAAAUAUGGAACUUCGAUGGCUGGUCUAAAGGCCAUAGGAAAUGAAUUCGACAAUGAUGAGUACCACAGAUUUGUUCAUGGAAGAUUACCUUAUGAAAACCUUAGACCAGACCCGGUUCUGAGAAAUCUCCUCCUUACUCUUCCUUUGCGUAAAAUGGUUUUCUCGAACGGAGAUGAAGUUCAUGUGAUGAAGGCUCUAAAGAGACUCGGCAUCGAAGAUUGUUUUGAGAGAAUCAUAAGCUUCGAGUCCUUGAAUCCUAAGGUCAACGAGACUGAGGUUUCUCUAGAAGAUUACCUGCCUGAGAUUCCGGUUAUCUGUAAACCAGCAGAGAUUGCUUUCGAGAAAGCCUUCGACAUUGCACAGCUCAAUCCUCACACAACCUUGUUCUUCGACGACAGUAUCCGUAACAUCCAAACCGGAAAAGCCAUGGGUCUCCAUACAGUCCUGGUUGGUAAAUCGGAAAAAGUGGAAGGAAGUGAUCACGCAUUAAAAAGCAUUCACAACAUGAAAGAAGCAUUUCCGGAACUAUGGUCGGAAUCCAACAACAAAGAAUCUGAAAGAAUUAGUUACGCCACACAAAUCUCGAUUGAAACUUCUGUUCAUGCUUAGUUUUACAUGUUUUAUUUAGUUUCUCAAGAAGUUUACAUCUAAUUAUGAUUAAUUAGUGUAUGAUGAAAUAAAGAUCUAACAUAUACGCCGUUCAUUGUAACUUUGGUUAAUUACCAAAAAACAUAUGUUUUGCAUAUA